GUUAGGAUCGUGUUCGUUUUUUUCAAUCUCUGUCGUCUAGAAAUAGUUAUCCAGCGGGAUCGUCUGCUCUCCACCUCUGCCCCCGUCGCCAUCAAACAGGAGUAGUAGGGGGGCAACCUAUGCUUAUCGUGAGAUCACUGCGUGCCUAUUAUUAUCUUCCUUCCGUCUCAUUAUUGGACCAUCCACCUAUACGUGCAGUGUCGGUGAAAACCAUGGACGUGUCACCGUUCCUUGCACUGCUGCUCGUUACCCUCCUUUCCCUGCUCUUCUUCCUCUCCACUUGGAGGAAGAAACAGCCUUCUCCGCCCAGCGGCGUCGGCGAUGGCCGGCCGCUUCCGCCGUCGCCUCGGGGCCUUCCUAUCCUGGGACACCUGCCUCUUCUGGGCCCCCUGCCGCACCGGAAGCUGUGGGCGAUGGCGCAGGCGCACGGCCCCGUGAUGCUCCUCCGCUUCGGCCGCGUGCCGACGGUGGUGGCCUCGUCGGCGGCCGCGGCGCAGGAGGUGAUGAAGACCCGCGACCUGGCGUUCGCGAGCCGCCCCAGGAUGCGCAUGGCCGAGCGCCUCGUGUACGGCCGCGACGUGGCCUUCGUCCCCUACGGCGAGCACUGGCGUCAGAGCCGACGCGUCUGCGUGCUCCACCUUCUCAGCCAGCGCCGCGUCAGCUCCUUCCGCCACGCCCGGGAGCAGGAGGUCGCCGCGAUGCUCGCCCGCGUCCGCGCCGCCGCCGGUGGACGCGACGGCGCCGUCGUCAACCUCACCGCCCACAUCAUCUCCUACACCAACGGCAUCAUCUCCCGCGCCACGUACGGCGACAAAGGAGGGAGGUACUACGACGGGCCCGACGGCGGCGAGAAGCUCGCGAAGCUGUUCGCCGACUUCGAGGAGCUCCUGGGGACCGUCACCGUGGGGGAGUUCGUGCCCUGGCUGGCGUGGGUCGACGCGCUCAUGGGCCUGGACGCCAAGGCCACGCGCACGUCCGCGGAGUUGGACGCCUUCCUGGAGCGGGUCAUCACGGACCACCGUCGUCAGAGGCGCCGUGGCGGCCAGUGUGACGGCGACGACCAUCGGGAUUUUGUCGACGUGCUGUUGGACGUGAACGAGGACGAGGCGGACGCCGGUGGUGGAGUCAAGUUUGACGACACUACAUGCGACGUGACCAUCAAGGCCAUUAUCCUGAAAAUGUUUGCCGCCGCCACGGACACGACCUACACGACGCUGGUAUGGGCCAUGGCGGAGCUCAUCAACCACACACACGAGAUGCGCAGGGUCCAGGACGAGAUCCGCGCCGCCGUCGGCAUCGACGACGACCACGUCACCGAGGACCACCUCGAGGAGCUGCGCUACCUCAGGUGCGUGAUCAAGGAGACGCUCCGGCUGCACAUGCCGCUGCCGCUCCUCAUACCACGGGAGACGACGGUGGACACGGAGCUGCUCGGCUACCACGUCCCAGCGGGCACCCGCGUCAUCGUCAACGCCUGGGCCAUCGCGCGGGACGCCGCGGCGUGGGAGCGCGCCGACGAGUUCGUGCCGGAGCGGUUUGCCGGCGGCGACGACCUCAAGGCGGCGGACUACUUGUUGCUCGGGCAGGACUUCAGGUUCGUGCCGUUUGGCGCCGGGAGGAGAGGGUGCCCUGGGGUGGGAUUCUCUGUGCCGACCAUGGAGCUGGCGCUGGCGAGCUUGCUCUAUCACUUCGACUGGGAGCUGCCGGCUCGAGGGCCGUCGAGGCUGGAGAUGGACGAGCUGAACGGGCUGUCCGUGCGCCUCAAGGCCAACCUGUGUUUGGUUGCUAAGCCAUGGUGUCGUCAGUGAGAUCAACAUGCGUGUCUUUGUCUUGUCGGUAGUGAGAUUGUUCUUUAGAAAAAUGUUUGUAUUUCCUAGAUUCAAAUUUUCGAUGGUUCUACACUGAAAGGGAAAUUAACUUGUAUGACCGUCUAUAAUAUACUGCUGAUUAUUGUGCCCCACGUACUCUAGCCUCUGGUGUGUAGUAG